UUACACAGUAUGGCCGGCGAUAUUAGCUAGCAUUCGCUCACGGUUAUUCUCUGUAAAAGGGGAAAAGUCGGUGAAAAGACGUUAAAAAAAAGAAAACAUCCAACUAACAGAAACGACACCAGGGCCCAAGAUUCAAGGACUGUGCUUUGUUUAACAUCUUGUAAGCUUUGAGAAGGCAAAGGACUUGAUUUGGAGCCGAAAUCAAAAAAAAAAAUUGAUUUCUGGUCUGUUUGUUGUGUCACGAUGGAGGAGAACAGUGCGCAUUUCUUCGAGGGGACCGAAAAGCUGCUGGAGGUUUGGUUCUCCCGGCAGGACGACAGCAAAGGUACCGGGGACCUACGAAGCAUCCCGAGGUUUGAGUGGGACAAACUUCUGGAGAAUGUGCAUUGUUUGAUCAUAAGUGUGACAAAGACUGACAAGCAGGAAGCUUAUAUACUCAGCGAGAGUAGCAUGUUUGUCUCCAAGAGACGUUUCAUUUUGAAGACAUGCGGAACCACCCUCUUACUGCAAGCGCUGGUGCCCCUGCUGCAGCUGGCGCGUGAGUACUGCGGCUUUGACGCCAUCGAGAACUUCUUCUACUCUCGUAAGAACUUUAUGAAGCCCGCCCAUCAGGAGUUCCCUCACCGAAACUUUGAGGAGGAAGUGGGAUUUCUCAGCCAGAUCUUCCCAAGUACGCUUCACCACAAUCUCAAUGGAGCAGCAUACUGUAUGGGACGUCUGAACUGUGACUGCUGGUACUUGUUUACUCUGGAGCUGCCGGAGUACUGGGAGAACAAGCAGGCGGACCAGACGCUGGAGGUUCUGAUGAGUGAUCUCGACCCAGCCGUGAUGGACCAGUUCUACACGAAAGACGGUGUUUCCGCUAAUGAUGUCACUCGUAUGAGUGGAAUUCGUGACCUGAUUCCAGGUUCUGUGAUCGACGCCACAAUGUUCAACCCUUGUGGAUACUCCAUGAAUGGAAUGAAAACGGAUGGAACUUACUGGACGAUUCACAUCACCCCUGAGCCGGAGUUUUCGUACGUUAGUUUCGAAACCAACCUCUCUCAGACGUCCUACGACGACCUCAUCCGGAAAGUCGUGGACAUCUUCAAGCCAGGGAAAUUUGUGACUACGCUUUUUGUUAAUCAGAGCUCCAAGUGUCGCAGCGUGUUCUCGUCUGCGCAGAAACUUGACGGCUACAGGCGCCUGGAUCGCCAGCUGGCCCACUUCAACGACUACAACUUCGUCUUUACCAGUUACGCUAAGAAGCCCCAGCAGAGCCAGCAGAGCUGAAGAUGAGGAAGCGCAGAAAGAAAGCAGCCCGAGCCCCAAGGCUCCGCUGCUGCUGUUGCUCGGAGUUUCGUCACUGUAGCCGUAUCGCGAGUUUAUCCCGUAAACGUCCUCGUACCCGAUCCGUAGAUAUGUCGCAUGAAAGCUCUUGUCGUGUCCGUGUAGAUAUUCUAGCUCACUCUUGCUGUGAUCUUGAAGUGCAUGUAGAGUUGAGGAGCCUCCCCUUCCUCCAGGUGUCCCCCCUCAUCCUCCACAGACAGGGUUUCCGCGCCCACUAAGCAGGGACCCUGGCAUGCUCAGAUCCGUCUUCAACAGCGUGGCGUCACGUCUCGGAUUUCAAAACUCGAACCAAACCUCACAAUAAAUACCUCGCCUAAUAAAUACGUGAUUCUCACAAUGCCUUUUCACUGAUAAAGUGCACAAUCAAACGCGCCUUUGGGGGAGGGGUAAAUGUAUACAAUAAUUGCACUUUAAAAUGAGCACCAAAGCGUCUUGUUUAAGCACUAAUAUAAAAUAAAUAAAUAACUUCCACCUUUUGUUGCUCAUGGCUUUUUAAAAAAAUAUAUAUAUAUAUAUAUUAAAUUCCACGCCUCUGAAUGGGGGAGAAAAAAUCCAGUGAAUGUAGAAGGGCCGUGAACGUAGGCGUGUGCGAGGAGCCGUUACGCACGUGCGUGAAUACCGUGAAUGCCUGCUCUUUUGUUUUGCCCUCAUUGUUCAGGACCUCUCCUGCCCUCUGAGCGGGCCAGCAUGGUGCCUGUUCCCCAGUGAAGCGCUUUUCCCUCCCUCCCAAAUCACUUCCUAAACAAUACACAUCCCUGGUAAGCGCAUACAAUAGAUGUGCAUGGAUCUGAGCAUGUCAGGGUUCUCCCAGAUCAUUCCACACUUAACAGUUGCACCAACUACUCUCUUUUUUUUUUUUUUUUUUUUUGGGUUUAUUAAUUCUAGUCUGCACUACACGUGUAGGGGUUUGUUUUUUGGAUUCUCUCUCAAAUCAAAAACCUUUCCCAUGGAGUGGUCAGAGAGCUGCUGAAUUGUCGUCCAGCUCACGAGGGAGUAAAAUACUAAAGACUUUGACUCGGAUGUUUUUGAGGACUCGAUUUUCCCCGUUUGGCACGCCAGCAAAUCUCACGAAGCCUCUCCGGCCAGAGAGCGUGACCGUCUCGUACUGCUGCCGGACAGGGAAACGAGGCGUCCUCCCAAAACACGAGCCCUGGCGCUUAUCGAAACCGGUUAUUGGGGAGGGGUUCGAGCAUUUAGCGUGAGGUUCUGAGCCGAUACUCGUGUAUUUUAAACCGUUAUACCCGUCUGUUCGACUUUAGGAACAGCCGAAUGUGCAAAAAAAAACAAACUAAUUUCUUGCUGGAAUUUGAUCGUAUGUAAGUUUUCGAGUGUGUACUUUUUUUUUUAAAAAAAAACAAAACAUAAUUAACAGGGCCUAGCUGCAAACAUUCUUUACAGUGAAGAUUUGUAGCCUCUCGAAUAUCAGAACAUCUUUAAAAUCCUCACAGCGUCUCUACCAGUCUGACUGAGGGGAAAGGUUUUAAACUAAUCUUCCAUGUGGAUGGACCAUUUCUUAGCGGGAAGUAGUCGAGUCUUGAGUCUGAAUAUUUUUCUAAGCUUCCACAAGUGUAGUUUAGGACAGUGCCCCCCCCCCCUUUUUUUUCUUUCUUUCCUCUCCUAUACCUUAUGUGGACCAACUGGGUUUUUGUCCUCCUUUCAUGCCCACUUUCCCCCUCAGUGAUCCCCACUCUACAUUCUGAGGUGGAUGAAUUGGAUCAGAUGUGGGUGGGGUUUUUUUUUUUUUUUAAAUAUUUUCCCCUCUGCACUCAGAGGAGGAAGGCUUGGUGCGUGACCGUACUCUGGAUGUUGAGGGGGAAAGGGAAACUUUGCUAUUUUGAUUCUCUUGCUAUUUCCUUGGUUGAUCAAGAUGUGCUAAAUAUCUGUACUAUGAGCUUGAUGCAUUAAAGACAAAUAAAUAAAAGUCAA